AAUUUCGCUACAUCAUAAAUUGCUGAGAAUUUUGUAUCCUUUCCUUAUAAAUUUAACAAAUACGAUUCGAAGUUUCCUAUGGCGCAAGAAAGAGAGAGAAAUAUGCCAUUUCUAAUGUAAUUGAUGUAUUUGCUGAUGUUGCACUCAGUGUAUGACGUCAUGCCGUGUUACUUUCGGUCUCAAUAUAUUUCGAAGGAACGCUUUGGAAAGGCUUCCCUUGCUGUACUAACACAUACACGCUGCAUUUCGCUUGUCCCGUCAAACAAGAAUGGCAUCCAGCACUCAGCACCUGAUUUUCAUCUACCUCUUAGUCUGUGGUAUGCUGUCCGUUGGAUUUGAAUUCAAGUAUCUGAAAUAUUGCGGACCGCCAGACAAAACCCUCAAGUACAAAAUUACGCCAUGGCCCAAGCUGAAGCCCGGUCAACCAGUAGAUAUCACGGUCUCUUUCACACCUGGUGUGGACAUCUUUUCAUCAACACUGCAGUCCGUAAUAAAAAACAACGGACACAUUGUAUCCAGAGGACCUCGGGACAUUAAAUGCAGUAAAAUGCCGCAAAUUUGUAAUUUAGCAGCAGGAGAAACCUAUACCUUGUCAUACAACUACGACCAUAUUCCAAAUAUUCCACUUGGCGUAAAGGGAGCUUUGUAUGCCAAAGGUGAACUCUACAAUCAAGAUCAAGUCAUGUGGUUCUGUGUGGAGGCAGAAGGAGUUAUUUAAAUAAACAAUAACUGCAAUAGCAACCGAGAACCAAGUGCAAGAACCAAAGGAAUAAAAUAAAAUAAAAUGGUGUUAUGUUAAGGGAGCCUCAAGUUAUUGGGUUCCCAAGUCACCGCUGAAAUCAGUGAGUAUAAUGUAAUUUUUGCAAUAUCCAAAUGGUCAUUAAAACUCAACCUUGCUCGG